AUGCGGCGAGCUGCAGGCAGCCAGCUGCGCGGCCUGCGCCUGGCUGGCGAGCUGCUAGCAGCGGAAGCCAGCACCUCGGGCCGCGGCGCGGCGACAGGCGCUGCUGCGUGUGCCGGCGCCGGCAGCGGUGGCAGCCUUGUCGCUGCCUGCCGCGGCCUGCACCUCGCCCCCGCCUCUCGCUGGCUGCGCCAGCCUGCACCGGGCUGGCAGACGGCAGCAGCUGGCGGCGCCAAGCCGCUGCCGCGGCCUCGCUUGAGAGCCGAGUUCGGCACUCGGGCGUCGCGGCGCGGCCGGGGCGGCACCGGGCUGCCGCCCGCGGCAGCUGCCGCCGCGGCCGCGGCCGCCGGCUGGGCGGGCGGCGCCUACCUGCCGUCGCGCUGGGCGGCGGCGCGGCGCCAGCUGGCGCAGCGGCUGGAGUGGGUGCUGGGCAGGGGGUACCACGCCCGGGAGGCUUUCUUCAACGCCGUGUACAUGCAGCCCAACUGGAGCAAGUCGCUGCUGCUGCUUCUGGCGGAGCGGGUGACCCGGGGGGACCCCCGCUUCGCCUGGUGCUACUCCACGCCUGUGGCAGAGUCGGAAGAGCAGCUGUGCGAGCAGCCGGCCGAGGAGGGCGGCAGCCUGUCGGCGCUGCAGCGCGCGCGCCGCGCCGCCGCCUCCCUCCUCCGCCUCGCCUGCCUGCUGGCCCUGUUUGCGCCCGUGGUGCUCACCGCGCCGCUGGUGGGAGACUUCCUGGGCAUCUCCCGCGCCCGCUGGCUGCGCCUGCUGAGGUGGACGCUGGAGCGCGCGGGGCCAGCCUUCAUCAAGUGGGGCCAGUGGGCCGCCACCCGCCACGACCUCUUCCCCCCAGACUUCUGCAGCGAGCUGGAGCUGCUGCACACGCAGCCCGCGGUGCUGGUGGAGACGUUUGAGGCGGGCACACACAUCAGCGCAUACGUGGCCAGGGGCGCCGGCGCGCCCCACAACAGCGAGCUGGCCAAGCUGGGGGCGCGCACGAUGCUGCACAUGAUGAUUGUGGACAACCUCAUCCAUGCCGACCUGCACCCGGGAAACAUCCUGGUCACCCUGGAUUGGCCCUUUGGCGGCGCCAACCGCCUGGUGCGGCUGGGGCGGCGCCUGGCGGUGGCGGCGGGCCUGCAGGGCGCGGUGGACUGGCUGGAUGGCUGGCAGCGGGCCAAGCUGGUGCUGCUGGAUGCGGGGAUGGCCAUGCGCCUGACACCCGAGGACCAGCGCAACAUGUUUGGCCUGUUUGAGGCGUUUGCGGAGAUGGACGGCUCGCGGCUGGCGCACUGGGCGCUGCGCUUCUCGGGCGAGGAGCAGAGCUGCCCCGACCCCGCCGCCUUUGUGUCCGACGUGGCUUCUUUCUUCGAGCGGCUGACCGCUGAGUCUGCGGCCACGGGCGCCACCCACGGCGCCGACGCGCUGGCCGAGGUGCUGGAGCUGGUGCGCACGCACGCGGUCAACAUGCCGGGCCACAUCUGCGCCACCGUGGUGACGACCAUGGUGCUGGAGGGCUGGUCCAACAAGCUCGACCCCAACCACUCCACGCUGCAAGGCGAGCGAGCGGCCGCGCCGCAGGUGAAGCGCAUGGUCAAGGCCACCAAGGGCGGCCUGCUGGGCCAGCUGACUGAGGUCAUGAUGAGGGGAGAGCUGGCUGCUGACUCUGAAGUGAUGGAGAGGGUGGUGCUGCUAGAGCCCGCGCUGGUGAGGGUGUGA